UGGGGUUCUGUGAGGGGAGUGGGGCAGCGGGGUCCGAUGCCGCGGGCAGCCGCGCCGCGGAGGCGGGGGGCAGUGGCUGCCGCGGGGGCUCGCUGGAGACGCUGAGAACCUCGGGCCCCGUAUUCGGUGCCGGCUCGGUCCGGGAGCGGAAGGCAUGCAGCAGUGCGGGGGUCUCGGUGGGGGUGCCGGGCGGCGGAGAGGCGGCCCGCUACCCUUCGGGUCCCGGCGCCCGUUCGGAAUCGUUUUCCUGUUGUCGCUUCUCUUGGGGAGCGGCGGGGCGACUCCGCUUCCGCGAGCAGGUGCAGGAGAAGGAGCUACAGCUGAAGUUUCCUCCUUGUUUGUGAUUCUGUCUAUAUGUACUCUAGUAGUACUGGUAAUACUGCUUGCAAACUGUGUCUCCUGCUGUAAAGACCCUGAGAUAGAUUUCAAGGAAUUUGAGGAUAACUUUGAUGAUGAAAUAGAUUUUACACCUCCAGCAGAAGAUACUCCAUCUGUUCAGUCUCCAGCAGAAGUGUUUACUCUUUCAGUUCCCACUAUUGCUUUACCAACUCCCUCCCAGUUCCCCUCUCGUGCAGAUGGAUCAAAGUCUCAAGUUGCACGACAGAGUCUAAACUACAUCCAGGAAAUUGGAAAUGGUUGGUUUGGAAAGGUUCUGCUUGGCGAGAUCUACACAGGCACUAGUGUAGCAAGAGUAAUAGUGAAGGAGCUGAAGGCAAGUGCAGGCCCCAAGGAGCAAGAACAGUUUCUAAGAAAUGGAGAACCAUACUACAUUCUUCAGCAUCCAAAUGUUCUCCAGUGUAUUGGGCAAUGUGUGGAAUCCAUUCCUUAUCUCCUAGUUUUUGAGUUCUGUGACUUGGGUGACCUAAAAACUUACAUCUGCAAUGAGCAGGAGCACAUUAAAGGAGAUUCACAAAUAAUGCUGCUGCAGAGAAUGGCAUGUGAGAUUGCUGCUGGGCUUGCUGUGAUGCAUAAACACAAUUUUGUGCACAGUGACCUGGCCCUACGGAAUUGCUUUCUCACAUCUGAUUUAAAUGUCAAAGUAGGAGAUUAUGGUAUAGGAUUCAGCAGGUAUAAGGAAGAUUAUAUUGAGACAGAUGAGAAGAAACUUGUUCCUCUCCGAUGGACUGCACCUGAGUUAGUAACAACUUUUCAAGACAGGCUGUUAUCAGCAGAGCAAAAUAAAUACAGUAACAUAUGGUCCCUGGGUGUCACUUUGUGGGAGCUGUUUGAGAAUGCUGCUCGGCCUUACCCAGACUUUUCUGACAGGGAAGUCCUAACCCACGUCAUAAAGGAGAAGCAGGUUAAACUCUUCAAGCCACGUCUGGAACAGCCAUACUCUGAUAGAUGGUUUGAAGUUCUGCAGUUCUGCUGGCUACCUCCAGAAAAGAGACCGACAGCAGAAGAAGUGCAUAGACUUUUAACUUACCUUCGCAUGCAAAGCCAAAGGGACUCGGAGAUUGAUUUUGAACAGCAGUGGAAUGCUCUUAAACCAAACACCUCAAACAGAGAAACAAAUAAUUCUGCGUUUCCAAUCUUGGAUCACUUCACAGGAGAUAGACUUGGCCAUGAGAUGGAGGAAGUUCUCACUGUAACUGAAACAAGCCAAGGUCUCAGCUUUGAGUAUGUCUGGGAGGCAGCUAAACAUGAUCACUUUGAUGAAUGUGGUCAUGUGAAUCCUGAUGAAGCACUGGCAUACACAAGUAUUUUCUUCCCAGUGGAUGUUUUUGAGAGGUCGCUUUCAGAGCAAGGGUCGGGAGCACAGGAUGGAAGUGGUCAAGAAGCAUCACUUGCUGUCCCUGGGGUGUUACCUGUGUUUGAUGCACACAAGCUUUCUGUUGGCAAUGACUACUAUAUCCAGUUAGAGGAAAAAGGAAGUGGCUGCAGCAUGAAUUUUGAUAACCAAUCAGUUGUGCUAACUACAGAAGUUGAUCAUCAAGAAGCUGUACAUGAAAAAAGUUCUCAUUUCACGGUUCUCAGGGAUCUUGAUGUUGAAGAAUCUAGCACUGAUGGGGACUUCUUCCACUGCAAUACAGAUCCUAAAGAGCAAAUUUUACCUGCUUCUAAUAGUCCAGAAAGUCCUUUCCAGAAUAUAUUUAAUGACAUUGACAGAUCAGAAGAGUUAACAAGUGGAAAAAUACUUGGGUUUGCUGAAACAAAUGAUAUUUCUAAAGACUUCAAACCAGUUGUUUUAAAUUCAAAUAGAGAUGCUAGAAUGGCAGUGGGCCUUUCUGAGAAGGAGCAUUCUAGUCAUGCUUCUGGAAAUGAAAUUCUUUCCUUAUGUGAAAAUAUCUCUAACCAGUCUGACUUGGUAACUUUAGAAGAACUUUCUGAUAACUUCUUAUUUCUUCAAGAGAAAAACUUAUUAACAGGGUUUUUGUCUAACAAAACUGGCAGUGAUCUGGAGCAAAAACCAGAUGAUGUUCUAAAAAGUAUAUUAGAAACCUCCAAUAGAAACUCUGUAGAGCCUGAACCUGUGCUGGCUGAAAAUGCACAGGUCUUUUCUUUAAUACAUGGAAGUCUUAAAACAGUGAAAGAUGAGAAUUUUAACCCAGUGACAGUGAAUAAAGGUCCAAAUGCUCAGUCUCAGACUACUGUAGAGGUGCAGGCAUACUCUAGUCCACCUGCCGGACAUAAGUCAUGUGAUAAACAUGCAAAUCUUCCUUCUUUGAAGGAUGAGGGAAAGCCUUUAAAUGUGGAAGUCAAUGAAGUCAUGUCUUGUACUGCUGAUACUCUCUGUCAAGAAGAGCUAUCCAAUAAUGCCAAAAAUAAUAAUGCUUGUUACGGUGUUGCUGUUGAAACAGAGGAGUGUGAUGCACAAAUAAAAGAGGGAAUGCUUCUCAAGUCUGAAAUAGCUUUUAAUAGUGAAAAACGUGGUGAUCAGGAAGAUGUAACAAGAAACUUACAAGAUAAGUCUCCUAUAUUAAGAAAAGAUGAAUGUUUAGUGGAGGAAAGACAAGAAACAGCAAAUCAUUUUGAGAACUGUAAGGAUGUUCCAGACGAGGUGACCUUAAUUUCUGUUUCAGCUUCAGAUUGUACAAGUCAGGAUAGUCUUUUGGAAGACAGCCCUUCUCCUAUUCAAACUGUAGAUCAAGCCUUAGAGACACCUGAUUCUUUGGAUUCUUUAGAUGUAAAUGAGGUUUUAGAAUCUUUACAGGCUCAGAGUCCUCAGAAACUUUUACCACCUGAUAAACCUGCUGACAGUGGCUAUGAAACGGAGAACCUGGAAUCUCCAGAAUGGACUUCCCACAUCACUGCUGAGGAUGCUUCUAAUGGAGAUACUGCCCUCUGUGCUGUCAGUGAGAGCAGUGUCAGCAUUUUGCCUUCUAAUCCAGUCAUAAUUGUUUCUGAGGCAGCAGCUUGUUUAGAUGCAGUGAACAGCAAUUUUGAAAUAUCCCCAAAGGUUUUCCUGGGUGGAAAUCAAAACUCAUACAGAGACUCUGCUUAUUUCUCUGAUAAUGAUUCUGAGCCAGAUAAGAAAACCGAAGAGGCUUUAAACCUGUCCAGAGAGGCAGCACAUGCUGUUUCUUCAAAUGGAGAGAAUAAUACCCAAAAGGAUUACAGUUUUGAAGAGGGACAGCAAAAAUGUGAUGAAAAGAAUUACCAGGAUACCAAUCAUCAAAAUGCAAACCCAGAACUAAAUCACAACUUAGAGAUUCAAGAGGUGAACGAAAGGACGCAGGGGUGUCCUGAGGAGUGGGCUGAGGCAACUCUGAAUUCCCUGGAAAUAUCAAUGGAAAGUAGCUUAGGUGAUGAAAUGAAACAGUCUGAAACUUCCCAUAAAACUGUCUCUUGUGUUGGCACUAAUACUUCAGAACUUCUUUCACACAGAGACUUGAAGUCUGUCCAUAACAUCCAUGGUGCUUUAGAUCUGAGUAGCAGUGAGAAGUCCUUCUAUCACACUGAAGGACAAAAACUGAAAGAGCCUGAUAUUGAGGGAAAAUACCUGGGCAAACUCGAUGUUUCUGGAAUGCUUGAUUUAGAAGAUGGUGAUGAUGCGGAUGAGGAAGAUGAAAACAGUGAUUCUGAGGAUGACAUGAGGACUUUUCAUAUGCAUAGUCUGAGCUCUGACAGUGAAGAUGAAACUGUUCAUCAAGUACCUGAGAUACUUACUGACAGGGAUGAUGGAAAACAUCUGAGGAGCUUGUUGAAACUUCCACAACCUCUUCCUGAAAGGCAACAUGAGCAUUGGAAAAGUGAGAAGAAGGCUGUAACAUUCUUUGAUGAUGUGACAGUCUAUUUGUUUGAUCAGGAAACACCAACUAAGGAGCUGGGAAACCGUGCGGCAGACUUGAAUGGGGAAGGCUCUUGCAGCGCUCCUGUUCCAUCCUCCAAUUUAAGCUACUUAAACAGAUUUGCAAACUCAGAAAGCUCAACAGAUGAAGAAGGUGGGGGUUUUGAAUGGGAUGAUGACUUUUCUUCUCCAGAGCCAUCCUUUAUAUCAAAGGCAGCUAAUAGUGUUAUUAGUUCUAAACCACCUCUUCAGUCAUCAAAGUACUUCUCUCCACCUCCACCUUCCCGGACUCUUGAUCAGAACUGGUCGCAUUCGUCCCCUUACUCCAGAUUCUCUAUCUCUCCUGCAAACAUGGCAAGCUUUUCUCUUACACAUCUUACAGAUUCAGAUAUAGAACAAGGAGGAAGCAGUGAAGAUGGAGAAAAAGAUUAAAUUCAUUAAAACUUCCUUGGACUGCAUACAUAAAACAUACAGACUUUGUGUCUGAAGCUUCUUUAUCUAAACUCUGGAUCCUCCUGGAUUAACACAGGUAAUCAAGAAGAAAUGAAAGUAAACACUGAAAGCAAUGUUAAAUCAGGACAUUAAUUUGAAUGUGUAUUUAACUUUGUAAUGUAUUUUUAAAUCAGUGCAAUUUUGCUUUUCAUUGAAAGAUGAUUCUGCCGCUGUUUUCAAGUACUUGAAGUAUUUUUCAGAUAACUUAAGAAACAAGUAGAGCAAUUACACUACAGUCUGGUUUAUGUAUGGGGUUGUAAUAUAUUCUUUUUAUAUUUUUUCAUGUAGUUCAUUAUCUAUUUGAACAUACACCUGUUGUAGAAUUGUGUAUAACUGUCCUGUGCAACAGGUGGCUGUGUUGCUACAACUGUAAGAAUGAUAGUUGAUCAGUAGUGAGCCAUAUUUAUUCCAAAAGAUAUCACUACAUAUUACUUUGCUUAUUACAAUUGCACUAUGAAUUACUCUUCCUUUAUUUCCUGAUGAUGUACAGAAUCAAAUCAUAAACCUUUCAAGGAAAACAGGACAAGUUGAAUUGGCCCAGUUAUACCGUUUAAUUUGUCCUUUUUGUAGCCUUUGCUAUGCACGGUACUUGUAAAACGUACAUAACUUCUGAGUGUUCUGUUAGACUUGCUGAAAUCUUAUCUCCAGUACCAUUUCUAAAUGAUAAUGAUUACAGAUUGGUUGUUAGUGUUCAUGUUUUAUAGGAAACUGGAAAAGAAUACAUGACAUACUCUGAUGUUUUUAGAUGAAAGAGGUGGUGUCUCUUAAUUCCUGAAUAUGAUCCUACUGACUGCUUGAACUGUAAUAGCCUCUGUCUAUAUCAUAAUCAAAGGCCUUCCAGUUUUUACUACAAUUUCUGCCUUGGAGAGAAAAGAGGAAAAAUUGGCUGUAGAAAACUGUGGAAUUCAUGAAUCUUACAAAAAGACUAAUUUCAAAAGACUGGAUUUGGGCACACUUGGCCCUUCAGUUCUACAUUCUGUGAAUUUUGAAGCUUACUCUUCUGCGGACUGCAGAUUGGGGCUGCCUUUCAGAGGCCUGUGGUAAAUCUACCUCUCAGCGAUGUUAUGACAAUUAAGAAUUAGAUUAAUGGUUAAUGCCCAAUUUUGCACCCUUGAUAAGACCUGACUUAUUUUUUGAUGUCUGCAAGGCUCCGUGGUACAUCUUGAAAUGCACAUUGACCAAAAGAUGUAGUAAAGUUUGCUCUGAUACGGUCUGCUGUAGGGAAGGGAAUACAAUGUGGGUUUUUUUAACCUUCAUACGUGACCAUGCAUUAAGCUUGCUUCAUCUUUUAAACUGCUUGGAAAUAAUAAAAGAAAAAAAAUUGAAAAAAAAUCCUUAAUUAUUGUUCUAAAGUGAGUUCAGUUGAGAAAAAAAUUCCCAGACCUCUUGGAAUGCCUUAUGCAGGUGUGGAUCUGCAGGGAAACACUGAUAGGAACAGUUCACCUGGCUUUGUAUUUUAGUGGGUUUCAGCAUAGUGCGCUGUGUUCAGAUCUGUCACUAGAGGAUUUUUAUCACAGGGAAAUACAGGAGGACAAGAUAUUUUCAGAUAUGUGAAGUUUGGGUUUGUAUAUCUCUAUACACAUUUGGAUUAAUUUCAUUUUUUAAAGUAUAUUUCAAAGCGACAGGAAUAUGCUAACUGCUUUUGGUUUUUUCCCUCGGCAUCCUUUAGCCCUUAACCAGAAUGGUUUCCAUACCAAUCAAAAGGGAAUGAUUUAAGUUACAGUGUUAUUUCAAGCUGACAUUGUAUUGUUGAGAUGACUUUGAGGCACUCAAGUUCAGAGUUAGUUAGAACUGGUCUUUGGUAUGAAGUAAGGAACAGAAUUUUUCAUGGAUUUUUCCCAAAACAUGGUUUAAGAGGCAGAGCCAAGCAACUCUUAAUACAGGCUUGUAGUAUAUACUGUACAGAGCUUAAGGAAGCUAUGUGCUACACUCAAUAUAUUAAUACACAAAUGAUAGACUGUGCACAAAUUAUUGCUUAGAAAACCUGUAAUUCUAACAUUAAACUCCUUGAUAUAAUUAGAUUUAAAGUAUCUCU